AUGAUUAAACAACAGCAACCACAGACCAUUACAUACGCCAUAUAUGCAUAUAAUUCAAAGACGGCAGAACAAACGCAAAGGUUGAAAUAUGGAGAUUUGGAGAUAGUAUUGAAAAAUGACCAUUUCGAAUUCGUUUGCAAAGGUGGUGCAGUGAUAUCAAAUAUAAAAGAAAUUUUAUUUAUGAAUUCAAAAAUUAAAGGUAUAACGGAUGAUAUAACAUCAAUUCCACCAGAAGAACAGAGAUAUUACGCAUUAAAUGCAUUUCCUAAAGUUUUGAAGAUUGGAAGAUUUAAUUUAAAUGAGGAAUUCAUAAAAGGUUUCCUAAAUGACAUAAUGAAGAAAGCGGAUAAAACAUAUGUGGAUGCUGCGUUAUGGAAGAAAGCAGAUAAGGAAUAUGUUAAUGAAAAAGAUAAUGAAAUUAUAGAAAGGGUUGAAUGGUAUCAUGAACGGACAUCAAAGAUUUUAAAAACUAAAGCCGAUACAGGAUGGGUUUCAGGAUGUUUAGACCUUAA